CGCCGAAGCGCCGUGUCAUUCGCCUGUCUCGAGCGCCGUAAGCGGUGCGGCCGCCGCUGCAGCUCGGCAGAAUGAUUCUUAUUAUCAUGGGAGUGAGCGGGAGCGGGAAGACCUGUGUGGGAACAUAUCUGUCAGAGAAGCUGGGAUGGACGUUGUACGAAGGAGAUGAUUACCACUCGAAGGAAAGCAUUGACAAAAUGGCCCGUGGAGAACCCCUCACUGACCAGGAUAGAAUACCAUGGUUGCUCCAACUGCAUGGCAUAAUUCAAAGAGAAAUUACCUCUAAGGCAAAUGCCAUCGUACUCUGCUCUGCCCUGAAGAGAGCUUAUCGACAGAUGCUUCUCUUCGGAAGGACGUGCCUGCCCAGCAGCGACUCACCCACUGCAGUGGAUGGCGUCUGGUUCGCCUUCCUCCACGGCCCCUUUAAGCUGAUCCAGGAGCGGCUUGAAGCUAGGGAGGGUCAUUACAUGUCUGCAGCCCUCCUCCAGUCCCAGUUCGAUACCCUCGAGCCUCCCGUGGACACAGAAAACGCAUUCAGCGUGGAUGUUCAGAGGAGUAUUCCAGAAGUGGCUUCUGAUAUCGAGAGUGCGCUUUCUGUACGUUUAUAACCAUGGAGACUUGCGGAACGAGCCCGUCUACUUUAAUUAUUUGUAAUUAAAGCGAGAAACUUUGAGAUGAUUGUAGAAAAGUUAAAAUAAAACCAAAGGUGCUAUCUAUAUUCUGCUGCAUUGUAAUUGAAUAUUUAGUAUUGAAGGCAUUCAUAGGUAAGAUGGCUUUUUGAAGCUGACAUCACUUGCAACACAUUUUUCUUUGGCUUCAUUUCCAGUUGUGGAUUCAAUCAUAGCCCAUCAGAUGGCAAAGUGUCUUGGACUGUGUUGUGGACCAUAUAUAUGUGAGCAGUGUGUGACCUGCCUCGGUGUAAAUGCUCUUGCCCACAACAGGCUGCUGCAAUUUCUUCUGCAUACUUUCAGUCCCCAUAAAAUCUGCCAUGAGUGC